AUGGCACCAGUCGACAAUGUCCUCUUUGGUGAUAUCGUUGACUAUCUGGAAAAUUUCCUCAGGAGCGAGUCUGCGACCAGUGGUGACCAGCUGUCUUCCAAUAUCUUCUGCCGUGGCGGUAGUGCCGUCCAACGAAAGCAAAAGCGAACCCUUGAGCUGAGACUUGGCAACCUCGACCUCUUUUUCAGAGAAGUUGCCGUUUCUCAACCGGCUCCAUUCUCUCAAAAUACAGUCAAUCACUGGGUAGCAUGUCUGGGCCUUGUCCACAACAACGUAGGUUCCCCACAGACCCGUAUCGGAGUAGGAGGUGGAGAAAGACAUGAACGAGUUGCACAAAGGCUCCUUGUCGCCAGCAGCAACUGCUUUAGCCAAUGGAGAAGGCGUAACGUUGGUGGCUCUAUCCCAGUUUCCAACAAUCGCCUGUGCAACCAAAGCUUUGAAAUAGUCGUCCGAAGACCACGAGCAGCCUUCCACGCAGAUGGCAAAGUAUGUGUUUGGCAAAGACUCGUCACGAACCUUGAUCUCGUCACCAUAGAACUUUGGAAUGGCUCCACGAGGAGUUCCCAAAGGAAGGGGAGUCUCUGA